CCUAGCUAUUAUACAGAUGAGCACCACAUUGCAAAUACAUUCUUACUUCGUUGAAUCAACAGUUUGCAGGCCGCCCCAGUUUGCAUUUCAAAAGAGAGAACCAGAAGACAGCUCAUAGAGUAUGGAAGGAAGGGGGAGAGGCAGGGGGAGGGGGAGGGAGCAAGUGAAGGCCAUUGGAAUAGAUCUGGGUACAAGCUACUGUUGUGUUGCGGUAUGGCAGUCGCACCAUAACAUGGCUGAGAUCAUUGUUAAUGAGCAAGGAAACAGAACCACUCCUUCCAUGGUUGCUUUUACCCAAUCCCAGAGACUUAUUGGCGAUGCUGCUAAGAACCAGAUUGCAACCAAUCCUGUCAACACUGUCUUUGAUGCUAAGAGACUCAUUGGAAGGCGCUUCUCUGAUUCUUGUGUGCACGAUGACAUCAAAUUCUGGCCAUUUACUGUCAUCCAAGGGAAGGAUGAUAAGCCUGUCAUCCAAGUGACUCACAAAGAAGAAACUAAGUUAUUUGCGCCUGAAGAGAUCUCGUCCAUGCUGCUCAUGAAAAUGAAGACCAUUUCUGAAAGAUAUCUUAAGUACGAGGUGAAGAAUGCGGUUAUUACUGUGCCUGCUUAUUUUAAUGAUGCGCAGAAGAGGGCCACAAAGGAUGCCGGUAAGAUUGCAGGCCUCAAUGUCAUGCGAAUAAUUAACGAGCCAACGGCUGCAGCUAUAUCUUAUGGCUUCCAUGAUGCAUUCACUGGAGAAAAAAACGUUGUCGUCUUCGAUUUGGGUGGAGGUACGUUUGAUGUGUCAGUUUUGUCUGUUCAAAAGGGUAAGAUUGUCGUCAAGGCUGUUAAUGGGGAUAUGCAUUUGGGAGGUCAGGAUUUUGAUAACAGAAUGCUUAAUUACUGUGUUCAAAAGUUCAACACAAAAUACAAGGUGGAUAUGAGUAAGAGUGCCAAAGCUCUUCGAAGGCUUCGUUCAGAGUGCGAAAGAGCAAAGAGGAAUUUGUCCUCUGAGGAAGAGACUGUCAUCGACAUUGACUGUCUUUAUAAGGAACAUGAUUUUUCUGUAAAGGUUAGCAGAGCCAAGUUUGAGGAGCUGAACGCCGACUUAUUUGAGAAGUGCAUAGAAAUAGUGAGAGAAUGCAUACAUGAUGCUCACAUGAGCAACGAUCAAAUCGACGACAUUGUACUAGUGGGAGGUUCGUCACGUAUUACAAAGCUGCAAGAAUUGCUGAGACAAAAUUUUGGGCAGGAAGAGGUAUGCAACAAAGUAAACCCCGACGAGGCGGUUGCUUAUGGCGCAGCCGUGCAGGCGGCAGCAUUGAACAAUGAAGAUGUGACCCUUGCGCUCACGGAUGUCACACCUUUGAGCCUUGGAACUGAAACUGACGGUGAUGCAAUCACCGUAGUUGUUCCUCGAAAUACCCCAAUUCCCACUCAGAGGGAGAACUAUUUCACUACAGCCUGUGAUAAUCAGACUAGUGUGAGUGUUGGUGUCUAUGAAGGAGAGAGAGCAUUGAUCGCACAAAACAAUUUGCUGGGCGAAUUCGAUUUGAGUGGAAUUCCGCCAGCCAGAUGUGGGGUGCCAAGUGUAAAAGUUUGCUUCAAAAUAAGCGAGGAUGGUAUUCUCACAGCUUCUGCAGAGGACGAGGGUAGCGGAGCAAGUAAAGAGAUCACAAUAACCAACGCCGGUGGAAGAUUGAGCAAAGAGGAGGUAAGUAAAAUGAUAGCUAAUGCAGAGAAAUUUCGAGAGGAUGAUGAAAAAGUUAAAAAGAAGAAUAUGGCCAGAAAGAGUUUGGAGCACUUCAUUUACAACAUGAAAAGCAGGGUAACUGAAGCCAAGAAAAAACAUAAUAUCAAGACAUCUGCUGCGGAAGACGUGCUGUCGACACUGAAUAGUGCUGAAGAAUGGUUGGACGACAAUGAGGAGGCAGAAGCUUGUGAAUUUGAAAACGAGUUGAAAGAACUCCAGUUUCAUCGGAUGCCUCAUUUUACCAGGAAUCUCUGAGAUAUCAAAGAAGCUCAAUUCCUCUUUGAUUCAUAACAUUUCAAUCCAUCAAGUUGUUGUCAUUUCUAGUUAUUCUAAGUAUGGUAAAUAAUUUUGUGAAAGAAAAAAAAAAUGUAUGUGAAUGUUUAAGCUUCAACCUCAUAUGAAACACAUUUUGUAGAUAUACAAUAUGUAUGUAAAGAUCUUAUUUUACCUUUAUGAUUAAAGAGAUCUAUAUUGUUUGAUUGUAAGUUGUUGACUUAUGUAGAUUUUGGCCAGACUAUUGCUUUCAAAAUAAUAUA